UGCUCGCGCCGAAAUUCAAAGGCAUAAAUAUUUCCGGCCUGGGUGUACAUCGCGGAGCGAGUGUCUUAGCCACUAUGUUGCAAUUCGCUUAGUAGCGCCCAAGGCCAGGCAAGGGUGAACCCAGUCUCUGUUCUUGUGACCAGGAGUAGCUUCUGGGGAGCCUCAAGCCCGGAGGGCCUGGCGCAGUGGUGAGGCAGAACUGCUUUGUGGCCUGUUUGAUUCCUAGCGGUUUACCUGUCCAAGUCAGUAGUGAAGAUGCAUGUUAAGUCAAUCAUUCUUGAGGGAUUUAAGUCCUAUGCUCAGAGGACUGAAGUCAAUGGUUUUGACCCCCUCUUCAAUGCUAUCACCGGUUUAAAUGGUAGUGGGAAAUCCAACAUAUUGGACUCCAUCUGCUUUUUGCUGGGCAUCUCCAACCUGUCUCAGGUUCGGGCUUCUAAUUUACAAGAUUUAGUUUACAAAAAUGGGCAGGCUGGUAUUACCAAAGCCUCCGUGUCAAUCACAUUUGAUAAUUCUGACAAAAAGCAAAGUCCUUUAGGAUUUGAGGUUCAUGAUGAAAUUACAGUAACGAGGCAGGUGGUUAUUGGUGGUAGAAAUAAAUAUUUAAUCAAUGGAGUAAAUGCAAACAAUACCAGAGUACAAGAUCUCUUCUGUUCUGUUGGCCUUAAUGUUAACAACCCUCACUUUCUCAUCAUGCAGGGCCGAAUUACAAAAGUAUUGAACAUGAAACCUCCAGAGAUUUUAUCCAUGAUAGAAGAAGCAGCUGGAACCAGGAUGUAUGAAUACAAAAAAAUAGCUGCCCAGAAAACUAUAGAAAAAAAAGAGGCUAAGCUGAAAGAAAUUAAGACGAUACUUGAAGAAGAGAUUACUCCAACCAUUCAAAAAUUAAAAGAGGAAAGAUCUUCCUACUUGGAGUACCAAAAAGUAAUGAGGGAAAUAGAACAUUUGAGUCGUUUAUAUAUUGCUUAUCAGUUUUUGCUGGCUGAAGAUACAAAAGAACGCUCAGCUGAGGAGUUAAAAGAAAUGCAAGAUAAAGUUGUAAAGCUUCAAGAAAAAUUGUCUGAGAAUGAUAAAAAAAUAAAAGCACUUAGCCAUGAAAUAGAAGAGUUGGAAAGAAGAAAAGAUAAGGAAAUUGGAGGUAUACUCCGAUCUUUAGAAGAUGCUCUUGCAGAAGCUCAGCGAGUUAAUACUAAAUCUCAAAGUGCCUUUGAUCUCAAGAAGAAAAAUCUGGCAAGUGAAGAGAACAAACGCAAAGAGCUGGAAAAAAAUAUGGUUGAGGAUUCUAAAACUUUAGCAGCAAAGGAAAAAGAGGUUAAGAAGAUAACAGAUGGGCUGAAUGCCCUUCAGGAAGCAAGUAAUAAAGAUGCUGAAGCUUUGGCUGCGGCACAGCAGCACUUCAACGCUGUUUCCGCUGGACUGUCUAGUAAUGAAGAUGGAGCAGAAGCAACUCUUGCUGGUCAAAUGAUGGCCUGUAAAAACGACAUAAGUAAAGCUCAGACAGAAGCCAAACAGGCUCAGAUGAAGUUGAAACAUGCCCAACAAGAAUUAAAGACUAAACAAGCUGAAGUUAAGAAGAUGGAUAGUGGCUAUAGGAAGGAUCAAGAAGCUUUAGAAGCUGUGAAGAAACUUAAAGAAAAACUUGAAGCUGAAAUGAAAAAGCUAAAUUAUGAAGAAAACAAAGAGGAAGGACUUCUGGAAAAGCGCAGGCAGUUAUCUCGUGAUAUCAGUAGAUUGAAAGAAACAUAUGAAGCUCUCUUAGCCAGAUUUCCCAAUAUUCAAUUUGCCUACAGGGAUCCAGAGAAGAACUGGAAUAGAAAUUGUGUGAAAGGACUUGUAGCUUCUCUGAUUAGUGUGAAAGAUACUUCUGCAACGACAGCUUUAGAAUUGGUGGCUGGGGAAAGGCUCUACAAUGUUGUAGUAGACACAGAGGUGACUGGAAAAAAGCUACUAGAAAAGGGGGAAUUGAAGCGUCGAUACACUAUAAUUCCACUGAAUAAGAUUUCAGCCAGAUGUAUUGCUCCGGAAACUCUGAGGGUCGCACAGAAUCUUGUUGGCCCUAACAAUGUUCAUGUAGCUCUUUCCCUUGUUGAAUACAAACCAGAACUUCAGAAAGCAAUGGAAUUUGUCUUUGGAACAACAUUUGUUUGUAAUAAUAUGGAUAAUGCAAAAAAAGUGGCCUUUGAUAAAAGGAUAAUGACCAGAACUGUUACUCUAGGAGGUGAUGUAUUUGAUCCUCAUGGAACAUUGAGUGGAGGUGCUCGAUCCCAGGCAGCUUCUAUUUUAACCAAGUUUCAAGAACUCAAAGGUGUUCAAGAUGAGCUGAGAAUUAAGGAGAAUGAGCUACAGGCUCUAGAUGAGGAAUUAGCAGGUCUUAAAAACACAGCUGAAAAGUAUCGCCAACUAAAACAGCAGUGGGAGAUGAAAACUGAGGAGGCAGAUUUAUUACAAACCAAGCUCCAGCAAAGCUCCUAUCACAAGCAACAAGAAGAAUUAGAUGCCCUUAAAAAAACCAUUGAGGAAAGUGAGGAGACUUUAAAAAACACCAAAGAAAUUCAGAAAAAAGCAGAAGAAAAAUAUGAAGUAUUGGAGAAUAAAAUGAAAAAUGCAGAAGCUGAAAGAGAGAGAGAACUGAAGGAUGCUCAGAAAAAACUGGAUUUUGCCAAAACAAAAGCAGAUGCUUCUAGCAAGAAAAUGAAAGAAAAACAACAGGAAGUUGAAGCUAUCACUCUGGAGCUGGAAGAGCUCAAGAGAGAGCAUGCAUCCUAUAAACAACAGCUUGAAGCUGUAAAUGAAGCUAUCAAAUCCUAUGAAGGUCAGAUUGAAGUAAUGGCAGCUGAGGUGGCUAAAAAUAAGGAGUCCGUAAAUAAAGCUCAAGAAGAGGUGACCAAGCAAAAAGAAGUGAUAACAGCCCAAGACAAUGUAAUUAAAGCUAAAUAUGCUGAAGUUGCAACACACAAGGAACAAAACAAUGAUUCUCAGCUUAAAAUUAAGGAACUGGACCACAACAUCAGCAAACAUAAACGGGAAGCUGAAGAUGCUGCUGCAAAGGUCUCCAAAAUGUUGAAGGACUAUGACUGGAUUAAUGCAGAGAAACACCUCUUUGGGCAACCUAAUAGUGCCUAUGAUUUCAAAACCAACAACCCAAAAGAAGCUGGUCAGAGACUUCAGAAGUUGCAAGAAAUGAAGGAGAAACUAGGAAGAAAUGUCAACAUGAGAGCUAUGAAUGUACUGACAGAAGCUGAAGAGCGGUAUAAUGACUUGAUGAAGAAGAAGAGAAUUGUAGAAAAUGAUAAAUCCAAAAUCCUUGCAACUAUAGAAGACCUUGACCAGAAGAAAAACCAAGCCCUAAAUAUUGCGUGGCAAAAGGUUAACAAGGACUUUGGGUCUAUUUUUUCUACUCUUUUGCCUGGUGCUAAUGCUAUGCUUGCACCACCAGAGGGGCAAACUGUAUUGGAUGGUCUGGAGUUCAAGGUUGCUUUAGGAAAUACUUGGAAAGAAAACCUAACUGAACUUAGUGGUGGUCAGAGGUCUUUAGUGGCUUUGUCAUUAAUAUUGUCCAUGCUCCUCUUCAAACCUGCUCCAAUUUAUAUCCUGGAUGAGGUAGAUGCAGCCUUGGACCUUUCUCACACCCAAAACAUCGGACAAAUGCUGCGGACUCAUUUCACGCAUUCUCAGUUCAUUGUGGUGUCCCUAAAGGAGGGUAUGUUCAACAAUGCAAAUGUCCUGUUCAAAACCAAGUUUGUGGAUGGUGUUUCUACAGUAGCCAGAUUUACUCAGUGUCAAAAUGGAAAGAUUCCUAAGGAAACUACAUCCAAGGCAAAAGGACCCAAAUGACCACCUUUGAAGCUAAAAGUACAGAUUUACUCCUUUACCUUGACCUGUUUUUUAAACAUAAAGACCUUGGGAUUUACUUAUUUAUGUAAAAUGUAAUGUUGUUUUGUUACUUAACCUGUAUUUUCUCUUCCUUUAUGUAAUCACUUAUAAAUGAACAUAGAUGCCUCUUUUCUUAAUCAGUGUAACUAUGGUCCAAUUACUGUGAUUGUGAUUUUAUGCAUGUCCUCAAAUGUUUUUUCUUACACAAUUCUUUAUACUAGGGAGCCUGAGAUACCUGGUUGGUGGUGCAUUGUUUGUAAAAGCUAAAAAUAAAAAGAAACAGAUGGAAUUAAGUUAUAAGAUAAAUAUAGCUGAUAGUCAGCUUUUAAUUAGUUUAAUUCCUAAGGUAAUAUUAAUGUGUUUUCUGUUGUUAAGAAAGUCAUUUAGGUAAGAAUUAUAAAGCAAGUGUCUGGACCAACAAAGGGAACACACAGGAAGCUGUUAGGCAUGCACCAAGCUAUUUGUUGUUAGUUCUGUGAAGAUACAAUGGCAGAGCCCUGAUUGAGACCCAGAUAGGAAACCUUUGGAAAGAUUCUCUCACUUUAAUGAUGUUUGGAGAUCAUGUUUCUAUAUGCUUAGUAAUUGGUCUGUGCAAUCUUAAGUUUUUAAAAAAUCUUCACUAGUAUUUUAACAGAAGCCUGGGAGAAGGUAUGUUGCAUUAAGUCUCAUGUUUUCAAAGAUUUUUGUUAUUAGCCUUUUCAUAAUCCAAUUAAUAACAGUCUGUUGGUGAAUGAGAAUGUAGGAGCCAGCAGACUAAACCAAAUUUAUCUUUUUCCUUGAGUCUGAUGAAUAUAUAAAUAGAUCCAUCCAUUCUACCGAAAGAACUCAAAAUUUGAUGAUUAUUAUAUAUCUUAGUGUCUUCUUUCCAGGUCAAAAGGUUGAAGUUUCUUUAAGAACUCAAAAGAAGCGCUAACAAACACCAUUUGGUUACUAUGUGUAGUUCUGCAUCACCAGAGUGUCUCCAAACUCUGAAUUUUGAAAGCGCUCACAUGAUCUAAUCUGAUCUUGAGUAUAUUAUUUUGGCCCUGUAUCCCUUCUUGAUACUCAGUUCCUUUAUGUUACCCUUUCCCUAAUAUAUGCUUAUGGUUCUUGGCUUUGGCUUUAACAUUCCUCAUCCUUCUCAUACACAACUGAGGAUGUCAGAUAACAUCCAGGUAACUGAUACAAUGGGACACACUGGAAAGGACUGAAUCUGGAAUUCAUUCUGUCCACUAUGGGAGGAGAGGGAGACAAAGUUAUAAAUGCCGAGUUACAGGAAGUCUAAUUUCACCUAUAACAGACAGGAGUUUUUUUAUUUCCUUUCAAAUGUAUUGAAGAUUUGCCAAAACAGUUCUGUCUGUUCACACUUGCAGUAAGAUCACAUAUCUGUUGACCACAACCCAGUCAGCACUGGCUGUUAGUUUUAUUAUUUCUGAUUUACUAGUUAUAAAAUGGUAGUUCAUUGCUGUUUUAACUGACAUUUGAUAAAUAACUUGUGAGGUUGAAUAUUUUGACAUCUGAACUAAUUUUCUUUACCUCAGAUUUUCUAUUUGCUUCCUUAAUUUUUGUCUCAUAUAUAUCAUGCUUUUUGAUGAUAAUCCUCAAACAUAUUAAAUUUUUAUGAGUAAUGUCAGUAUAUUGUGAUUAGAAGACGACAUGAAGGGGAGAGUCAGGGACCUUUAAAGUUCUGCAAUAACAUAAGUAACCUUUACUGAGCUCUUUCUAGACAUCAGAGGCUAUUCGUAUUUGCAUCCGUUUUCACAUUUGAGUAAGUACUGUUGAUCAGCAUUACAUAAUUGAGGAAAUUGAAUUGAGCACAAAAGUUACCAGACUUGUCUGUGGUGACAGUAGUUAGGGGCAGAGCCAAGAUACCAGUCUUGGCAGUUGGGCUCCAGAAUAUUACCUUUCUGACAGUUUGAACAUUUGUGUUCAUUGUACAUAAUAAAUUUAAGACACACCUGGGUGAGCAGUAUGCACAACAUGAGAAAAUUCUUUCUAGGAAGAAUGUCAAACAUUUGAAAAGGAUUCCUUCUGGGUUUUUUUUUUGGGGGGGGGUUUGUUUGGGCAUUUCAUGUACCCUAACAAAUGCAAAAGCAAAAACUUGAGAAGCCAUUCUCUUCUGAUACAGUGAGGUAAUCAAAUAGGCCAACCACUCCCGCCAUCAUGUUGUCUGCAAAUCAGGAUAGGUUUUCUUCCUUUUUGAUCUGUGGGCCUUUAUUCCCCUUUCUUGCUGUACUGGCUUGAAGUUCCAGCACUGUGUGGUAUAAAUAAUGAGAGCUGGCAUAUCUUCCUUUUCCCCAAAAUUCUGAGGAAAGCAUUCAGUCUCUCACCACCUAAGUAUAAUGUUAGCCAUAGGCUUUUUUGGUUUAUAUUCUUUAUCAAGUUAAAGAAGUUUCCUUCUGUUCCUAGUUUGGUCACUUUUAUCAUGGAUGGGUUAUUGAAUUCUGUUCAUUGCUUUUUCUGCAUUGAUUGAUAUGAUCAUGUAAGUGCUUUAGCCUGUUAAGAAUGAAUUACAUUGCUUAAUUUGUGAAUAUUAAACCAGCCUGGUAUUCCUGAAUUAAA